AUGUCUGAACAAACCCGACUCAGCAGCUACAAGCAGGGCUACUCUAAAUACACCCUUGCAACUCAGCAGUUGCGCACCGCCGAAUCUCAUGCCGCCUUCCUACUACCGCACAUAGCCAAGGGAGACUGCAUUCUGGAUGUUGGAUGCGGUCCCGGCACCAUCACCAUAGGCUUUGCCAAAUACGCGAGUGAAGGCAGUGUCGUUGGCAUUGAUAUAUCAGCCGAAGUCUUGCAAAAGGCAAAAGAAGCAGCUGCCGAAGCCAAGGUUCCUACCGAAGGUCCAGGCUCUGUCGUCUUUGAGCAAGGAAACAUUCUUGAAAGACUUCCAUAUCCCGAUGAGACGUUCGACAUUAUCUACUCAUCUCAAAUGUUUGGGCACCUUMCCCCGCCAGAUCUGCCACUCCGAGCACUGGCUGAAAUGAGACGUGUCCUUAAAUCUGGCGGUAUUCUGGCAUCGCGCGACGCAGCAGACCAGCACUUUUAUCCACGUCGCCUCGACCUCGAUCGACUAUGGGUGCAGAAUUUUCAUCGGGUAGCAGCACUAAAGCUCGCGCCUAACGAAGAUCCGACCAGCACGAGAAUGCCGGAAUUUCUACGUCGCGCUGGCUUUGAUGCUGAUGGUGGCAAGGUUAUCGUUGGCGCUGGCUCAACGGUUUAUUCAGGAGCAGAAACUCGCAAGUGGCUGGCCUGGCGUGCAAAGGGUCAUUUGCAGCAAGGAGAUGAAUUUCGACAGAGCUGGCUGGAUGCCGGUAUUACUGAAGAGGUGAUUCAGGAGACGCUAAAUGCUGUAGAUAAGUGGGUCGAUACGGAGGAUGCGUGGUAUGCCGCCAUACAGUGUGAGAUGCUUGCAUGGAAGUAA